AUCUGCCUCGUAACCCGCCCAGGGGCACGCAACCGUUGCGUUUUGGGGUUGCUUUUAAGCAUCUGAGAGGAAUUCAGCACGAAUUAAAGUCUAGAGAUGCCUGACUUCUUAGGGGGACAGGUGUUCUGAGGCCCCUCAGCUGCGUGCUGGCUGCUGUACCCGUUAGGUCCCUGCUCUGAAAUUAUUUACUCCAAGCAGGCAGAAGGCAGCUGGACUAUGGCUGCUGCUCGGGGGUGAGCUCCCUGCACAGGCAGCAGGAGCCCUGCGAGUAUCAGACACCUGUACCUGACGUACCUGAGGUGGUGUGCACAAAGUGAGGGUCCUGGGGGCCAAGUGGCCCAGCUCUGGUGCUGGGCAAGCAACCACCUGAGCAGCAUUCACGCUGGUAAGAUGGAAAGAGACUUUUCCUGGGUGCAGUCCUGCUUUCUUAUUUGCAUCAGGUUUUGCAAAGCCUGCAGCCUUCUGCGUGCAAGGUGUGAGCACGGCAUCGGUGGAAUGAAGAAAGUACUGUUUGCUGGCUUCUGUGGGCCUGACGAGGGUGAAAUUGGCAACCUAGCUGUGAAAUCGUCUAGGGAAGGAGACCGAGAGAAGAGACUUGCAGCAGCCGCCGACGUUUGCAGCAGUCACCCCCCGUGACUCUAGCGUUAGCUGCUGCAUUGGCACUGCCCGCCGAGGCAGCCUGCAAAGCCUGGGGAAGCAAGCUGCUGCUGCUGCUGCUCCUCCUCCUCUUCGUCCUCCUCCUCCUUCCCUGCCCGGCUGAGGUGUUCCCUGCGCUGAGCAACUUCCAGCAGGGCAUCGCAGCAUCCGUGCGGUCUGGGCAGAGCCGUGCCUUUAACGCCAGGGGGAUGCGCGGCUCGCCUCUGCAAUCCUCCCUCGGAGCCUCCGCGAAGCGAGCCCCAGCUCCGCGCUGAGGCUCGGUGCGUGAGAGCGGAGUUCUGUGCAUUGCUCCAACUGCCGCCUGAACUUUGUCAAGGACUCUCUUUUUUUGUUUGUUUUGUUCUGUUAUUUCUGGACCUUGUGAGAGGGAAGAUCUUUCUCCACGCUUCAGCCAUGAGCGGCUGCUCGAAGAGAUGCAAGCAUGGGAUCGUCAAAUUCGCCCAGAUGAUUUUUAAGCUUAUCACAGGCACUCUCAGCAAAGAUAAAAUUGAAGAUGAAUUAGAAAUGACUACGGUGUGCCAUAGACCCGAAGGACUGGAACAGCUUGAAGCACAGACCAAUUUCACUAAAAGAGAACUUCAAGUGCUUUACAGAGGAUUUAAAAAUGAAUGUCCUAGUGGGGUUGUUAAUGAAGAGACAUUCAAACAGAUCUAUGCACAGUUUUUUCCUCAUGGAGAUGCUAGCAUGUAUGCCCAUUAUCUCUUCAAUGCAUUUGACACUGCACAAAACGGCUCGGUGAAGUUUGAGGAUUUUGUGAUGGCACUGUCCAUUCUGUUGAGGGGAACAGUUCAUGAAAAGCUAAGGUGGACGUUUAAUCUGUAUGACAUAAAUAAGGAUGGCUAUAUAAACAAGGAGGAAAUGAUGGAUAUAGUAAAGGCAAUUUAUGAUAUGAUGGGAAAGUACACGUAUCCAGUGCUCAAGGAAGAUGCUCCGAGGCAGCAUGUAGAAAUGUUCUUCCAGAAGAUGGAUAAAAACAAAGAUGGUGUUGUAACUUUAGAUGAGUUUAUUGAAUCGUGUCAGGAGGAUGACAAUAUCAUGCGAUCCUUACAGCUCUUUGAGAACGUGAUGUAGCCAUGUCUGGAGAGCGCUGGAGGAGUCAGAGACUGUGUGUAACAAAGACCUCCUUUCUGGGUGAAAGCUUUUUACAGUUCAGCCAUGGUUGAUUCAGCCAGUGUGUGAGGAUUUUGUAUGACAUCUCCAACCAAAUGGCAACCAAUUGCAACUGAUCCCAUCUCUCCUCCCCAAGAGACGUCGGUGGACCUUUAUUUCAUUUUGGAAGCAUGCAAAUACUUUAAUAAAACCUGACAAGAGAGAGCUGCUGCUCAAAGUUCUAUGAGUAAUAUACACCCUUCUGUUUGCUAGCCACAAGUCCUGCUUUAAUCUAGCAAGCUUGAUUACAUAUGAUAGCACAUGUUGAUAGCUUACUCAGUCAUCUAUUACAAGUGAAAAGCUCAGUCCAUACUACCACACGGCAAAAUGUUGUAUGAAUGCCUUGCCGUUAAUCUGCUUUGACCAAAAAAAAAAAAAAUCAAAUCUACCAGGGCAAUCUGUAGAAAUGAAUAGUAAAUGUACAUAGGACGUUAACAGACAGCCCAUGUAGCCAAUAUCUCCAUUUCUGCAGAGAUCCUGCUUCUCUUCUCACAUGCACUGGUGCCACCAUGCUGAGUUUGGUGGUUAUGCCUGAACAUGUUAACUAGAGGAACUUCAUGCCAGGGUUAGCCAGAAAGGAGCAAAAUGUGUUGUACAUAAAUUUCAAACUACGGAACAAAUCCUGUUCAGUGAUGGUAAGUUCUUGCAAGAUCAGUCAGGUUUAAAAGGGCUGGUACAGGGGUACAGGAAGACAAAUACCUGCUCUGGUCCCAGCCACCCUCUGCAGUCCCAGCACAUAGUGGGACACCAAGUGAUUCUACAGCGUGCGUCUCAGCGGCACCGUGCGAUGGUCCUUUGGCUGUACUUAGGCGCAUGCUUCCUAGAUGCCUCAUUUGAAUGCUUGUAUUUUUACAUUGGAUGUUAAAAGUGUUCUUCACUCUAUGGAUUUAUUUAAGCUUUCCAGUUUUACUUAGGGUAGAAGAAAGCCUAGGUGAGACAGCUGUGUUUCCACUUAAGGACCUUGGCAUCCACAAAGUGCCCUGUAAGAUUAAUUGGGGUUACUUGGCUGACAUUAGUGUCAGAAUCAUCUGCCUGGCCCACGUGUCCCUGUGGGUAAUUUAAUACCUUCUUUAUCAAUAUCUUUAUCUUACAAGGCAAUUGCAUGACUUGUAAGGAAAUAGGACUUCUACUAAUGCCGUGUAGAGCAUUGGGUUGGGGGGUUGUUGGUUUGUUUGUUUUUCCUAUAGUAAAACAGAAAAAAUCAAGAAAACAGAAAAAAUCAAGUAAUGGAUUUAUACCAAGGUUGGAUUGUGCCCGGUAGAUCCUCAGCUGAGGAACAUGUCAGAGCCUGAUUUGCAAAGGACUCUAAGAAAGGUAACACACCGCAGUGCUGUCGCAGUUUCCAGGUGGCUGAUGGUUGAGAAAUGAAGGGAAGGAGCAAACAUCUUUGCCAGCUGCUCGAACCACACACAAAAGAGAAUCCCCUGCCAUAGUCCAACAUCGCUCCUGUCCAGUAAGCAUAUAUUUUUAUUAUAUCAGAUACUAUAUUACAAUUAUACUGUUGGCACUGAAGAUAUAUUUUAAAUAUUAUGUAAGUGGAAGCUUUUUAUAACACAAUAUAUAGAAUGCCUAAUUUCUGUAGCCCUAUGUUUUAUAAAAAUUUAAUCUAUUGAAAUAUUCCUGAUUAUAGAAGUAGGGCCUGAUAAGUACUAGUGUAAUACUAUGCUUAUUCUUCAAGAUGGGACAUUUUCCCCUUUCACUGUGCUUCUGCAUAUGCUUCUAUGUGGUCCUUCACUAUAUUCCAUUGAGUUGACCAGUGGUCAUCGAAAGCGGUGUUCAACUGGGAGAAGCUACGUGCACACAGGAAUAUGGCACCUCCGUCUGUCGUGUUUAUUGCCUUCAUGCAAAUACCAUCCAUUCCUUCUAGCAAGGAUAUGGAGCAUAGCAGCUCCAGUAGUGUGCUGGGAUUCACGUAAGUGAUGCAGUGCUGUGAGAGUAGCCUUGUCCUCUGGUUGUCCAGUGUCUUCUAUUUGGUUUUUAUUUAAUAGGUACUCGAUAAAGACAUCGGUUAUAGCUGAAGUAAUGCACAACGCACUGUUCCUUCACGAUUCUUCUUGCAAUCACUUUAGCAAGUGACACGAUUUGAUCUAAUAAGUAACCUGCUUUUUUCCUCCAUCCCUAAAGACAAUCUGUCUGUUGUCAGUCUAAGCAGGUAACUUCAUUGGUU